AUUGUCCUAGCUCGCGUUGUACAAGGGCGUAGUGAACCGGAGAAAUCCAAUCCAGACGGCGAUCAAAAUACUCCCAUGUCCGAAUCUGUAUUGCCUGACGCGCUUUGUUUGACACGUGACCACAAUCCAGUAGACUAUGAAGAACGACAACGCAUUCAAGCCACGGGAGCAACUGUACAAAAUGGACGGAUAAAUAAUGUGUUAGAAGUCAGUCGUUCGUUUGGGGAUUAUCAGUUUAAGAAGCAAGGUGUAACGUGUAUUCCGGACGUAAGAAAAUGUCAACUGACAUCCAAUGACAAGUUCCUGUUGAUUGCAUGUGACGGGCUUUGGAAGAGCUUUCCUCCGAGUGAAGCUGUCAAAAUGGUCGACCAGUUGUUACAGAAAGAGGUCUCUUCAGCCCUUUUGGAACGCGAAUCAUUGCGAAAAAUACAGAUCGGUUCUCCCAACACGGCCGAUUCAGAUUGUUUGCUCACGCAACGGCGUGUGGAAGCCGUGUGCACACAAAUAGUCAAUGAAGCGGUCCUGCGAAUGUCAGGAGACAAUGUCACAUGCAUUUUGAUCGUCUUCCCAGACUCAUAUGGUGCUCAUCUCUCAUCCAGUCCGAUAACAACAGAAGCAGGCGCAUCUGCAACAAGUUCCACGGGACCAGCAGCCACUAAGCGAUUGUCCAACUCCAGCGUAAAACAGUCCGACGCUAUCGAACCGCCAACCAAGCUAUCCCGUAGCGAAUAG